AUGCCUUCCCAGAACCCACAUAGUAGAGCUGGAACACCUUCCCAGAACCCACACAGUAGAACUAGAGCACCUUCCCAGAACCCACACAGUAGAGCUAGAACACCUUCCCAGAACCCACAUAGUAGAGCUAGAACGCCUUCCCAGAAUCGACAUUCUAGAACACCUUCCCAGAACCCACACAGUAGAGCAGGAACACCUUUCCAGAAUCCAAAUAGGAGAGCUAGAACACCUUCCCAGAACCGAAAUAGUAGAGCUAGAACACCUUCCCAGAACCGAAAUAGUAGAGCUAGAACACCUUCCCAGAACCGAAAUAGUAGAGCUAGAACACCUUCCCAGAACCCACAUAGUAGAGCUAGAAUGACUUCCCAGAACCCACACAUGUUCUCUUGUGCUCCAAUCAGUGGUGUGAUCAAGAAAGACCAUGCCCAGGGGUAA